UUGAGGGCUUACUUCGAUAGAAAAUUAAAAUAAGGGUACAUAUAGAUAAGAAGUCCUCAGGUGACAACAGUAAUGUUCCAUCAUUUAAGGAAAUGAGCUUUUGGAUAGUGAAUUCGGUUUUAUGUGCUUUGACAAACACUUGUCAAUGAAAUGCGUAUAAAAAUGUCGUUUGAAACUUUCAUCUUAGGGAUGAUGAAUUUCUGGAUCUCUUCAGAGGUUGCAUCAUGGGAAAUAUGCCGUAACGAUGACCAAUCCCGACCUAAUUCUUUCCGGGGCUAUCUGUAUUGUGAACACGGUUGUUGUGGAUAUGCAUACGAACAAUACUGCUGUGCUGAUAAUAUCGGUUUAAUAGUCGGAUGUUCCUUUGGAGGGCUAGUAUUUUUGGGUGUGGUAUCCGGUGUAAUAUUUUGCUGUAUACAGAAAAACAAACAAAAGAGAACCAGCAUUAGACCACUUGGGAGGGGACACAGUCGGAACACCAUAGCCAUUAUUUCAAGCGGUAGUCACUUUGAUCCCGAUUUUAAGCACGUACUAAAGCCACCACCUUACACGAUGGAUCCACCUCCUGCUUAUUCAGAAAUUGUGCCUUCUUAUUCCGCUUCCACUUCUUAUAAAAACUAUAACGAGCACCUAACAAGAGCAAUCAUACACAACGACAAUUCACAAACGGGAAAUAUUUUGCAUAAUAAUAUUCCAUUACAAAGCCAUUUUCACCCGCCGGGAGCAGUGGAAAAUCACUCGGAAGGUCAUUAUAAUGAAUCGUUUUAAAACUUAAUUGUAUGUGAUGCUUUGUUUUUACAUUUAGGCAACAAUUAAAUAACUUUUAAACAGUUAA